AUGGGAGAUUUUGAGUGGUUGUUGUGUUUCUUCAACUCCACUAGCCAGGGUCUCGAUGUUGGUCAGACUAUCUUAAACAGACUGUUGUCGUCGCCAAAUCCGUCGUUCGCCUCUUCUGCACAUUCCAGUUACGAGCUUAAGGAAAUUGCAUCGCAGGAUUAUUCCAACACUACCACAUCGAAAUCGACUAUCUACCGAGGAUCGGACAACUACAAGUAUCAUGGCUGCUACAACGAGACGACGCAGAUUCAAGACUCUGCCGAAUACCGCGCUCUUGCCGAUGGCACCCAUCUUGUCAAAGCCGGAAAGAUGACAGUCCCUAUGUGUCUCGACUUCUGCACUUCAAACGGGACACAAUACAAAUAUGCUGGACUGGAGUGGUCACGCCUUUCAGCAAAGCUCAGCGAUGAUGAUUGUGAGAACCCGUGCGAGGGUAACUCGUCUCAGAUUUGUGGAGGACCACUCAGAUUGAGCGUCUAUCAACUUUCCGAGGGGGAUGCAUCAAAUAGAGGGGCAGUGCUAUCGGUACCAGGAGCCAUACUCAGUCUCUCAAUCGUGGCGCUAUCACUGUUGUCACUGUAA